AUGGCUAUCAACUCCACAGUCGUGUCAAGCUCCUCCGGGAAUGACAUCGAGAAAGAUGCCGUCCACACGGAUCCCGGCUUCAUGUCCGACACGAAACCUGAAAUAACCGAGCCCCAGCUCAACGUCGGUGGCCAUGCGAACGUCCAGAGACAGCUCAAGAGCGUCCACAUCACCAUGAUUGGUUUCUGCUCAGGGAUCGGAACGGGGCUCUUCGUCGGCACGGGCGCCGCCUACGCUAAAGCCGGACCCGCUGGGCUCCUCAUCGCCUACUGCAUCGUUGGACUUGUUCUCUACUGCGUGAUGCAGAGCAUCGCCGAGCUCGCGACCUUGAUACCCACAGCCGGCAGCUUCCCGCACUGGGCCACCCGCUUUGUGGACCCGAGUGUUGGCUUCAGCCUGGCAAUCAGUUACGGAUAUUGUUAUACAAUCGCCAUCGCGAGUGAGGUCUCUGCUGCGGCGGUCAUCGUGAGCUAUUGGACAGACAUUACUCCGGCAGUGGUUAUCACGGUCGGUCUAGUGUUGAUUCUAGUCAUCAACCUGCUCAGUGUGAAGUUCUAUGGCCAUUCCGAAAUCUUCAGUGGCAUUAUCAAGGUGUCCUGUUUUCUUGGGUUGGUACUUGUCGGCAUUGUCAUCACUGCAGGAGGCGGUCCCGACGGUAAGCCCAUUGGGUUCAAAUAUUGGCAUGACCCAGGUGCUUUCACAGAGUACAAUGGCAUCGCUGGGUCGACAGGAAACUUCCUCGGCGUGCUGUCCGCACUCGUCAACGCCUCGUUUAGUUUCAUCGGUGUAGAGACCGUCGUCAUUGCCGCAGCCGAGUCCCAGCACCCUCACAGGGACAUUCCCAAGGCAGCCAAAAGAGUCACUUUCCGUAUCGGGCUGUUCUACAUUUUGGGCGCGCUGCUGAUCGGAAUCAUCGUCGACCCGCGAAACCCAGGCUUGACCAGCGGUGAGGGCAACGCCAAGUCGAGCCCAUGGGUGAUCGCAAUCGAGCAGGCAGGCAUCAAGGCCUUGCCGAGCAUCGUCAACGCGUGCAUCUUAGUGUCAGCCUGGUCGGCUGGAAACUCUUAUUGCUGGGUCGGCAGCCGCAUUGUUCUGGCCAUGACGACGGACUACCAGCUCCCACAGGUGUUCGGCAAGACGUGGAAGAAUGGAGUCCCUUGGCUUGCGGUCAUAACAGCUUGGCUCUUUGGGCCUCUGGCAUACCUUAGUCUGGGCAGCGGCGGCCCAGCCCAGGCGUUCACCUGGCUGCUUAACCUUUCAACUGUUGCUGGACUUAUUGCAUGGUCCACACUUUCUUUCUGCUACAUUCGCUUCCAUGCUGCCAUGAAAGCUCAGGGCGUCUCAAGAGAUUCACUGCCAUGGGCCGCCCCGUUCCAACCCUAUGCGGCUUGGGUUGGUUUCCUGGGGUCUGCAAUCAUCACACUUAUUUCUGGGUUCCCGGUCUUUCUGAAGGGGAAUUGGUCAACAUCUGAUUUUAUAGCGAGUUAUGUUGGGAUUCCGAUUUUCAUUUUGCCAAUUAUCGGUUGGAAGUUGUGGCACAAGACAAAGUUUGUCCGUGCUAGCGAGAUUGAUCUCUGGUCUGGUCGGCUUUACGAUGAGAAGCACGCCGGAGUUGAGCAGGAGAAGCCACGGAACAUUGGGAGGCGUUUCUGGAACUGGCUCGUGUGA